ACCUAAAUUGUUCCAUGAUUCCAUUUGUAAAAACAACGUUAUUGAGAAGUCAAACCCUCAUAGUUUUGAGAAGCCCGAGCAAUUGCAGAUGAUCAUAGAGCAAAAGAAUAUAUUCCCAGGACAUAUUCAGCCAAAUGCAAGGAAACACAGAGGCACAUUUCACCUCUCCAAAUCAUUCUUUCAUUAUAGCUUAAUGUAAUAGUAAAAAAUAAGCAACAUAUUUUAUUCUGAAGUCAGGUGCUCUGACAAGUCUAUCUAUCCUGAGCAAACAAAAAUCAAAAUGGUUAAAUUCCAAAAAGCAACGUGAGAAUACAGUUCUGUAGCUUGAUUUUUUUUGGUGGUGUUUUCCCUCAUUGCGGUUUCUGCAGCUGCGUGGGUUUUAUUGCUUGCCUCACAGCCCCGUUGUAUGCACAACUUCAGCCAAGCAGCAGAAGGCCGCAGACUUUGCACUUCUUCAAGCCUUCUGUUCCCUUAGUCCAAAAUCUUGAUCUAAUCUACCGACCUGCUAUCUACUGAACUCACCCGCUCUCUGGUGAGGAUAAGAUAAGGCACCCCUGCGCCUGGAGAAGGAAAGGCAGGAGGAAGUUGUGCUGAGCUGUGCACUGGGGAAGUGCUGUGGGGCUCGUUGUCCCCUCACCCCUCUUUGCAAGUGACCCACAGCAGUGUGAGACAUCUCUGUGAAAGCAAACUGGGUGCCAGCGGGCACAGAGCAGCGUGCUCAGCCAACACAGCCCGUGUCCCUCUGGGCCCAGCCUGCCCCUGCUGAGUGGCUACGCAGGGAAAUGGUGACACAGCCAGGCCCAGGCCUGCAGGCCGGCAGUGCCAGGGACUUCCUGCACACGUGGCGGCAGCUGGCAGAGGGCCCCAGCCGCGUCCAUAGUGACCUCACACUGCAGCACUGCUGCGGGCAGUGAGUCAGGAGGGGUGGCCUGACACUGUCAGGCGGCGGCAGGCCCGGGCACUCCGCCAUUGUGCUCCCUCUGCCCCACCCUGCAGAAGUUCAUCCCUGCUGAAGUGGCAGGGGGUGAUGUGGUCUCAGAAGGGUGUCUGGGAGCUGCGGGAGAAAAGGUCCCUGAUCUGUGCCACGUGCGGAGAUGAAGCACACAAUAAAGGAAGGACGCAGCUUUGGAUAUUCCUGCAUGGUGCUGUUCUGGGAAUGCUCCGUCAUAUCCUGCAACACUGCUCAGGGUGUGGGCUUAGCCCCAGUGCAUGGACUGUAGCUCUCCAGGUGACUCUGCCAUGGAAGGGUGCACCACCAGGCUAUAAGGAACAAGACAGAGGCAUCCCCACUUGAGAAAUGCAGCUGCCUUCGCAACCACCACUGCUGUGACCUUCCCUCUGCUGUGAGGGUCCGCAUUCCUCUGUGCCACCAUCUCCACACCAGCUGCCUGCCAUGCCGGAGCUGGCAGACCUGAGCUCCCCCCGCACGCCUGCAGAUGCUGACCAUAUCCAGAGGAACAUCCUGGAGGAGCAUGUGGAGCUCUGGUGGUUCCAGGACCCCAAGAAGUCUAUCCUGUGCUAUGGGAUGGCUGUGGUAUUGAUCCUGGCUUGUGGGAUUGGGGGCAUCAUCCUGCUUUACAGCACAAGCAGCCGCUCUGGGGAAUGGCGGCUGGCAGUGGGCACCACACUGUGCCUCCUGGCCCUGCUGGUUCUGCUGAAGCAGCUGCUGAGCUCAGCAAUCCAGGACAUGAACUGCAUCCGUAGCCGGCAUCAGAUAGAGCUCCUGAAGAGCGGGGGCUUCUCGGACUGCCUGGUGUUGCUGCUUAGUGCCCUGGUGCUGCUGGUCUGCGGGGUGGUGCUCACCAUCCUCUCCACCACCACCAUGCAGCUCAGCCCAGCGCGGCCACUGGCCAGUAUGUUCACCAGUGGGGUGAUCCUGCUGGCUGCUGGCAGCACUCUGCUGCUCUGCCUGCUGCUCUACUUUCUCUGCACCUCCUGCUGCCAGGCUGCUCCCCGUGGCUUGGAGACCGGCGAGAUCCGAGUCUUCACCAUCUCUGGCCGCCUCGCUGCCAACAGGCGGCUUCCUCCCACCUCCAGCAUGGCCAACUUGAUCUGACCCAUGGCUGCUGCAUCUGCACUGUGACAGCACUGCGUGAGGAUCACUGGAUACAGCCCUCAGCAGUCCUUGUGCCAUCCUUUCCCAAAGGAAGGGCAGGAGUCGUGCCUCAUGUUUUCUUCCAAGACGACUGGCAUUUGCUGAACCUCAAGCGCACAGUGUAGUAGGGACCUUGGGUUGCCUCAACAGGUGUUGUGAUCUAGAGCUUUACGAGCCUCAUUUGCCUUUUAUCUCAGCACAUCCUCCUGCGGCAGCUGCUGCUCUGGUGACCAUGUCCGCUGUCACAGAGCCAAGGUGAGCCCAUCCCAUACCUCGGGGAGUCCGGAGCCUGGUUCCUGCAAUUCCCUGGGUCGUGCUUCUCCUGGCAGAAGGGAUUUCAAUUUUCAGUGCUAUAAUCCCAGCCCAGCUCCUAAGAAAUCUCCUGUGGGGGGAUUUGUGGGAGAAUCUGUGUCUGAAAUGCCCUUUGUUUUUGUGAUGCCAACGUCUUUCCCGAUACUACUUCGCUGCAGCCUCACCAUGGUCUGUGCCUUAUCAAAGGGAUGACCAGAGGGUGUUGGUGUCAGGGCCGUGGUGGACUGUCAGCUUUGUACACUGUGCGGUGGGAGGGUCAAUGAUUGCACCAGUGCACAGCAGCCCUGCAAGCUAUGGACAGAGAGGUGCCAUUGCUGGGCUGUGCUGUUGGGAUGCCCAAAGCCCAGAACUGGGGCUUUUCCAACCCCAGGUCCCCCAGCACAGACCCAAUGGGAGUUGGCAUGGCAGCUGUGCUGUGCAGCAGUGCUGCCAUUCUGUCCCUUACCCAAAGCUCUGGUGCUGUGCCUCUAUGAGGUACCUACCACUGAGUGCCUUUCCUAGAGGCAGGCUUACAGCUCACCCUCAGAAACCUCAGAAACCUUUCCUGAAUUGAGGACAACUUACCUCUCAACAUUUUCAUUCCCUCCCUGGGCCCACAAACCAUUUCACUGCUCCUGCACUUUCCAUAGACACUGAUCCUAACCUUCCUAGCCAUGCUGUUCCACUGCAAACUUCUCUGCAUCUUCCUAUGUGCUCUCAUCUCCCCCUGAUCUGCGCUGCUCUGCUCCAACCACUAUUUUUGCCCAAUAUUUUCCAAGUUACCCAUGAGAUUUUGGAUCUCUAACAGAACAAGACUGAACUAUUCUUUUUUUUGUGUGUGUCUGGUAGCAAAUUUACUUUGAAGAGGACAAUAGCUCAUUCCCUUAGGAACACCAUAUGUCACUGCCCGUGUUACACCCGGGGCAUCUGUGAGCCCCACCAGGUUCAGUUGGACAAGCUCCAGAGCUUACCAUUCCUGAUGCACUCAGAUCACAAGGGCACGUCUUUAUUCAUCUGGUCUUGCCCUGCUGUCCUGGGGGACUUUCCCUCCCCCAGAAGCUUUGGAUUAUUUUCCCCAGAAUAUGGGAACAUUGUGAUGGUUUUUCUUUUCUGGAUCUGUUAUUUCUAUAUUUUCCUCUGUCACUUUCAUAUCAUCUGUAGAUCUUAUUAAACUGCUGUUUCCUUCUCUCUGGAUCACUUCCCUUAAUCUGUCCAAAAAUUAAGAGGGUGUCACUAAGCUCAGGUCUUUCUGUGCUAAAUGCUCUGCAUUUGUGCAGCAGAGAGCAGUCCUUUGCCAUAGGGCUGCUCACCCCAAGGAUGCUAUGUGCAAUACUGGGGGAAGAGCUGCAGCUGGUCAGAAGUUUUAUGUAACCCAUAGCUACUGCUCUGCACAUCUGUGUGGGUGCACAUGCAGUUACACCAAGAUGCACCAGUUCUGCCCACCUUUGCAAUUGCUCCCAGCUUUCCCAACCUGCACUCCCGCUGUUUUGCACAUCUGGGCACCUCUGGCAGAUGCAUGCCUGUGCCCAGCUCGCAGCUCCGUGCUGCCUGCCUGCCAAUG